CUCUCUCUCACUCUCUCUCUCUCUCUCUUUCUCCAACGUCUCCCUCUCUCUCCUCGACUCCACUUGCAAAAGGAAAGGAGAAGAGAAGAAGAAGAGACCGAGGUUCGUUCUCUCUCCGGGCUGCAGCUGCAUCAUGGAUGCGGACUCCGUGUGGAUUUUGGUUCCAGUUCUGCUCGUCUCUUUCUCAAGCGGGACUCUCGGUGAAGAUGUUUGUGACAAUGCAUUGGUGUCACAUCUGCCGCCGUCAGCCUUCUACAGCUCAUCUCAGCUAUCCAGCAGUCACGCUCCGGUCUUCGCCAAACUCAACAGGAGAGAUGGAGCAGGAGGUUGGUCCCCGCUCAUCUCAGACUCCUAUCAGUGGUUGGAGGUGGAUCUUGGACAGAGGACCAGGAUCACGGCUGUGGCCACGCAGGGGCGCUACGGCAGCUCUGAUUGGCUGACGUCCUACCUGCUCAUGUUCAGCGACACAGGACACAAUUGGAAACAGUACCGGCUGGAGGACAGCAUCGGGUCUCUUACAGGCAACAGCAACGCAGACAGCGUGGUUCAGUACAAACUACAGAAGUCAACCAUCGCUCGCUUCCUCCGCCUCCUUCCUCUGGGAUGGAACCCCAGAGGACGCAUUGGACUCCGGCUAGAGACCUACGGGUGUCCUUACACCUCUGAGGUGAUGUCUCUGGACGGCGGCAGCGAUCUGGUGUACAGGUGGGGUGGCGAGGCGAGACGAGCGCCCAUUGAGGUGGUCUCGCUGAAGUUUAAGAGCCUGAGGAAUUGUGGGGUGCUGCUGCAUGCCGAGGGGCCGUCAAGACUCGGCUUCAGUCUGGAGCUGGAGGGAGGGAAGGUGCAGCUUUUGCUCAGAGAAGCCUGGACUUCCUCCCCCGGAUCACGUAACCUGGCCUUGCUGGGCAGCCUCCUGGAUGAUCAGCAGUGGCACCUGGUGACGCUGGAGUGUCACAGCACUCGGUGCAACCUCACCGUGGACCAGCACACAGAGACGGUGGACUUUCCUCCAGCAUUCGACCGCUGGCACAUCCAGCAGUUGAGCGUGGGGGCACUGCCCAAACCUGACCCCGGCAGUAAGAAGUUCCAAGGCUGCCUGGAGAACAUUGCGUACAACGACCAGAACCUGAUUGAACUGGCCAGACGCAGCGACCGGCAAGUGACACUGACAGGCAAUGUCACCUUCGCCUGCACCGAGCAGCUUUCCGUCGCUGUGACGUUCCCGGGGCCACGCAGUUUCCUCCAUUUGCCGGGGGUAACGGCCGCCGCGCCCGGGGUGUUGUCUGUGAGCUUCCAGUUCAGGACGUGGAACGAGGCGGGGCUCCUGCUCACCUCGGAGCUGGCUCGGCAAGGGGGUGUGCUGUGGCUGUACCUGAGCGAGACCCGGCUGAGGCUUCACGUUGAAAAGGGCGGCAGGGUCCUGCUGGACAUCAGGGCCGGAUCUGGUCUAAAUGACGGUCAGUGGCAUUCAGUGGAGCUGAAGUCCAGACGAGGUCACCUGACCAUCAGCGUGGACAAAGACGAAGGUGGUGGCAGCAUUGCUCAUUCCAACCCUUUGUUUCCUGUUGGUACUGAGAAGAACCUGUUCUUUGGUGGUUGUCCUGUGGAGGACGUGAAGCAGGAAUGCCGGAAUCCUUUCAACACCUUCCAGGGUUGCAUUCGCCAGCUGAGCCUCGACCAGCAGCAAGUGGACUUCAUCCUGGUGCAGCAACAGAAGCUGGGAAACUACAGCGACCUCCUGAUUGACAUGUGCGGCAUCAUUGACAGGUGUUCCCCCAGUCGCUGUGAACACACCGGCCGCUGCAGUCAAUCCUGGACUCACUUCCACUGCAACUGCAGCGACAGCGGCUACAGCGGCGCCACCUGCCACAGCUCCGUGUACGAGCAGUCAUGUGAGGCGUACAAACACAACGGCAACACUUCUGGGUAUUUCUACGUCGACGUGGACGGCAGCGGGCCGCUUAAACCUCAGCUGGUUUACUGCAACAUGACAGAUGAGAACACAUGGAUGGAAAUCCAUCACAACAACACAGAGCUAACCACGGUGACGCCGUCCGGUGUGGAACAUCGACACUCAGUCCAAUUGGACUACACGGCGAGCGAGGAGCAGCUGUCGGCCAUCAUCAGACACUCGGAUCACUGUGAGCAGGAAUUGUCCUAUCACUGCAGGAAGUCCCGCCUCCUCAACACUCCCGAGGGCUCCCCGUUCAGCUGGUGGCUCGGCGGUGCCGGCUCGGGUCGAAGGCAGAAUUAUUGGGGCGGAGCCCAACCGGGAAGCCAGCAGUGCGCAUGUGGCCUGCAGGGUGACUGUCUGGACCCGCAACAUUACUGCAACUGCGACGCCGACAGUGCUGAGUGGACUGAAGACUCUGGGCUGCUCAGCCACAAAGACAGCCUCCCUGUCAGGUCUCUGGUGCUGGGUGACAUCCAGAGGCCGGGCUCAGAGGCCGCCUAUAGGGUGGGGCCGCUGCGUUGCCAUGGAGACAAGAACUUGUGGAAUGCCGCCUUUUUUGAUAAAGAGACAUCCUACCUCCACUUCCCCACCUUCCACGGGGAGCUAAGCGCUGAGAUUUCCUUCAUGUUUAAAACCACCGCUCCCUUUGGCGUGUUCCUGGAAAACCUGGGCAUCCGAGACUUUAUCCGGAUUGAAAUGAGUUCUCCCUCUCGGGUGGUUUUCUCCUUCGACGUGGGCAACGGGCCCCUGGAAGUCCACGUGGAGUCAAGCGGUCCCCUGAAUGACGAUCGGUGGCAUCGGGUCCGUGUAGAACGAAACGUCAAAGAGGCAUCGCUGCGGCUGGACGCUCUUCCCACCGCCACACUGGAGGCCCCUGCUGACGGACACGUUCACCUGCAGCUCAACAGCCAGCUCUUCAUUGGGGGCACGGCGUCCCGACAGAAGGGCUUCCGUGGUUGCAUCCGCGCCCUGCAGCUCAACGGCGCCACCCUGGACCUGGAAGAGAGGGCUCGCAUCACCCCUGGCGUUGAGCCCGGCUGCCCUGGUCACUGCGGCACCUACGGCCCGCUCUGCCGGAACCACGGACGCUGCUUGGAGAGAAACAACGGCUUCCGCUGCGACUGCGGCCCGUCGGCCUACGCCGGGGUCUUCUGUCACUCAGAGGUGUCAGCCAUCUUCAAGCCAGCAACAUCUGUCCGCUACAACUUUAAGGAGCCCUACGAGUUGAGCAGGAACAUCAGUGCGCCGCCAUCCUCCGUCUUGUCUGACGUGAGCCUGAGGGCAGAGAACGUCUCCUUGAGUUUCAGAACCAGCCAGAGUCCCGCUCUCCUGCUCUACGUGUCCUCUUAUCAGCGACAGUACCUGGCGCUGCUCAUCAACAAGCACGAUAAGCUGGAGGUGCGCUACAAGCUACAAAGCAGCAGAGAAGCUGAAGUGUUGAGGAGCAGAUCAAAGAACUUGGCUGACGGUCGUCUUCACACGGUGACCAUCAGGAGAACAACAGACGUCGUGUAUCUGCAGGUAGACCAAUACGCCAGAGAAGACUUCAACCUCACGUCCGAUGGAGAAUUUAAUGCUGUCAAGUCGCUCUUGCUGGGCAGAAUAAAUGAUCCAAAUGAUGUGGAUCCAGAUCUGGCCCGCUUGGCCUCCCUGGGCUUCAGCGGCUGUCUGUCGGUGGUUCGGUUCAACGGCGUCAGCCCCUUGAAAGACGCUGUACUCCAGCCGCAGGGCGCCAUUCCCCACGUGGUCGUCGUCGGCCCGCUGCUACGCUCCAAUUGUGGAUCCACGACGUCCCUCAAUCCCUAUGCGGCACACAACACCCCCCACCAGUCAGACCCAUCUGGUUCUGGCCAACCUUUAGUCAAUGCCAUCCGGACUGACUCGGCUCUGAUUGGAGGCGUCAUCGCCGUGGUCAUCUUCGCCAUGGCGGCCGGCCUGGCGGUCACCGCCAAGCUCCUGUACCGCAGGAAGGAGACGUAUCGGAACCAGGAAGUGAAGGACGCCAAUCGAGAGGAGAGCCAGGACUUCCCUUUCAACCACCAGACGGACUCCCAGAAUGCCACGGGGCAAAACCCAAAAGAAUAUUUCAUCUAGGAGGACUCACUCGGAUGAUGAUGAUGAGGAGGAGGAGCCAAGGAGGGGUUGAGGUGCACACACGAGAACAUCACACUUGGUCCCUCUUGCUGCUGGUGGACUUUGUCUCCUCAAGACCAAGUGGAACUGAACACACGUGUAAAUACUCACCUGUAAAUACUCACCUGUUUGUGUCUUUGUACUUUAUUUUAGGAUCAUUGCCGGACUUUUCAUCUUCAAACGUCGUCCAUGCUGUGUUUGCAUUCCAGUCUGUCUGGGAUGGACAAAGACACACACGUUACACGCAUCACAUCUUCAGUGAGAAACAUGCAAAAGUCUUAGUCCGGCACCAGACUUCAUUAUUUAUGCUCUUUAAGCUUUUUCACAUAUCAACAAGAAUAAAUAGCAGCACAUCGUCAUACCUCCUUUAUUGCAGCUCAUUGGUUCCAGAUAUUUCCAUAAAGUAGGAUUCAAUAUUAAUAAAUUGAACAUUUCCGUAAUUAGACCAUAGAAAACCUAUUUAUGAUCUUUACCAUUAUUAGAGCCCUGUACUCAUGAAAUAACAGCCUUGAAAUUGCCUUUACACUCCUAUUACCGUAUUUUCUGGACUAUAAGUCACUCCAGAGUAUAAGUUGCACAAGGCUAAAAAUGCAUAAUUAGGUAGAAAAAAAACAUACAUAAGUCGCAUCGGAGUAUAAGUCGCAUUUUUUGGGGCUAAUUAAAUUUAAAGGUGUCCAGUGUUUAUGUAACAUGAAUUUUUUUUCAUUUAUAAGUCACUCCUGAGUAUAAGUCGCACAAGGCCAAAAAUGCAGAAUUAAGCAGAAAAAACAUACAUAAGUCGCACUGGAGCAUAGGUCACAUUUUUUGCAGGUAAUUUAAUUUAAAGGUGUCCGGUGUUUAUGUAACAUAAACAUUUUUUUCAUUUAUAAGUCCCUCCUGAGUAUAACUCGCACAACGCCAAACAUGCAUAAUCAAGCAGAAAAAACAUACAUAAGUCGCACUGGAGUAUAGGUCGCAUUUUUUGCGGGUAAUUUAUUUUCCAAACUACUUGACCAAAACAGACAUUACGUCCUCUUGGAAGGCAAGUUGUAACAAUAAAAGAAUAGAGAACAGGCUGAAUAGGUGUAAGAUAUGCUAACACAAUGGUUAUUCAGCUACACCAAAAAUAAACAUGAACACAAAAGGUGUCCAGUGUUUAUGGAACAUAAACACUUUUUUCAUUUAUAAGUCGCUCUGGAGUAUAAGUCGCAGGAACAGCCAACCUAUGAAAAAAAAAGUGUGACUUAUAGUCCGGAAAAUACGAUAUUCUUUCUUUGCAACACUCAACAUGCUCACAUUGGGUUUAACAAUUAGAAAGACAGCCAGCUAACUAGUUAACCUUCAAUUUACUUACUGAAAAGUUAAGAAAGGGUUUGAAACGGAGUGGUCAAGAAGGACAAAGAAGACCACUUCCACAUGGAAUGGGGGAAGAACUUCUUUUUUGUCUAUCAGGCCAUGACUGACAACAUGCAGUGUGACGGAAAUUUAAUGUAAUGUCGCAAUAAUGGAACAUUACUGACACCUAGUGGCCAGAAAACUACAUAUACCUUUCUAAUAUUCUUUGGAUUAAUUAUACAGCAUGGGCUGCACGGUGGAUGAGUGGUGAGCGCGCAGACCUCACAGCUAAGAGACCAGGGUUCAAUUCCACCCUCGGCCAUCUCUGUGUGGAGUUUGCAUGUUCUCCCCGUGCAUGCGUGGGUUUUCUCCGGGUACUCCGGUUUCCUCCCACAUUCCAAAAACAUGCUAGGUUAAUUGGCCACUCCAAAUUGUCCAUAGGUAUGAAUGUGAGUGUGAAUGGUUGUUUGUCGAUAUGUGCCCUGUGAUUGGCUGGCCACCAGUCCAGGGUGUACCUCGCCUCUCGUCCGAAGACAGCUGGGAUAGGCUCCAGCACCCCUGCGACCCUCGUGAGGAUAAACGGUAGAAAAUGAAAAAACGCCAUCAGAGUCAGGAAUCAAACUACAAUAUUGGGAGGGAGGGCAAGGGGGCGACUUUGCUAUAUUUUGUACAUUAAGAUGAUAAAACUAGCCAUUAAAAAUGAGCUAUGUAUAAUAAUGCAGAGGGUCAAUAAAAAACUGGCUGCGGGCCGAGACUGGCCCGUGAGCUGCACUUUAGACACCACUGCUUUAUUUAAUUAGAUGAUUUCUCUGCAUAUUUCCCAAGGUCUGAGUUGUAUGAAGAUGAACGCUUAUUGGAUGUAAGCAUGUAUUUAUGUAAAGAUGGAAGUUUUAUCGCAAUUACCGCAAUCGUUUGUAAACACAGGACUUGAUGGCCAACAGAUGAGGCGUGGAUGUUGAGAGUGGCGUGGAAAUGCCAAUUUCGGGACACAUCGUCAAUAGUCUACCUUUAAAUAAGCAGCUGUUUCGCCCCUUAGACAACAAUAGACGCCUUCAUCAAAGGCAGCCAUCGAUAUGGUGAAAACGGCUGAUCAAACCAGGAAGUAGUCUGAUAACUAAUAAAUACAAAUGCAUGUUUUUAUUUGGAUUUAGGUGGUUAGGUGGAGGUCUACUGAGUGGUACUGUAGUUCUUUAUGUGGCUAAAAAGGCAGUCUCGCAACACAUCCAAAGGUGGACUAAGACUUUUGUAGCUUGUUCAUGCACGUCAAUAAAAGAAGUGAGCUGUGGCGGAAGGAGCGUCUUUUCAUGCCGUUAUUAAAUGCUACGCUAAAAUGGCCUCCCUCAGGUGGAAAGUCUGUUGACUCUUAAGUCUUCAUUUCCUGAAUUAUUCAGCAUGUCAAGGUUGGGUUGCCAACGUUGGGACGCGGAGGACUGUAGCGUUCUUCAUAAGCUCUUAACGCGGGAUCUUCACAACGUUCCAUGUUCCUCUGCCGCCUGCUGAGAAGCUCCUGGCAGCCGUAAGCCUCCUGAGAGCGACGCGCUUUGAAGGCGCGUGUCACCUUCACGUCACUUUUGUAAAGCGCUGCUUUGCAGCAAAGAUACGAUGAUGAGCGUGAGGAUGAUGAGAGCCACGUCUCAGGCAGUCGUGGACGUCACGAAGACACACGCGGUGAAGACUACGUUCUUUGUGCAAGGCAGAUAUUUGUCAAGCACAGACGCUCUUCUAAUGAAAAAGAUCAUCCUCCAGUGUUUCUUGGUUCUUCAUUAUGGAUAUUAUUUCCUGACGUGGACAAGGAAACAAAACAUUGGACUGAAGUCUGUCCUCGUGGUGUCAAAGUUUACAUCUGCUUCCUUUUGCUCUCCUUGGUGAGAAAUACUUAUGUUUGAUGAUGUCAUGUCACAUAUGAUUUCAUGGUUUCUUUAUCAAGAAGGUUUGAUGACGUUAUGUUUUACACAAAUGGACAUUUCUGGAAUGGAACAAAUAAAAAAAAGAUUCUCACAAAGAAAAGUUUUUUUCUCUUUGUUCAUUUUGCACGGUGGUCAAGUGGUUGGUGCGCAGACCUCACAGCUAUGAGACCAGUGUUCAAUUCCACCCUUUGGCCAUCUCUGAGGCUGUGAGGAUAAGCGGUAGAAAAUGAAUGAAUGAAUGACAAAGAAGAAGAGGGCUGCCCAGCGGUCAAGUGGUUAGCGCGCAGAUCUCACAGCUAUGAGACCAAUUCAAGUUCAAUCCCACCCUCAGCCAUCUCUGUGUGGAGUUUGCAUGUUCUCCCCGUGCAUGCGUGGGUUUUCUCCGGGUACUCCGGUUUCCUCCC